UUAAGGUAUGAGGAUGAUAUUAUUAUUCAAUUGAAUGAAAAUAAUCUCCAAUUUAACGAUGUUGUCCUACAAGCAAGAAGAGCUUUUUUUAUGAUUUACAUUAAACGCUUCCAUGGAUUAUCAAGAUCAAGAUAUGGAACCACGGGAAAGAACGAAUUACUUCAAGCUAGUGGCACUGCUAUUCGAUAUUGCAUGCCAUGUUCUCUACACAUAUAUAAGAGAAAUUAUACUUGAUUCGUCGCCUUGUUUUGAGUUAUUUCUGAAUCUGAAAAAGGAAAAGCACAAACUAAUUCACCUGUAUGAAACAGCUAAAUGUUGUGAAUGUAUAUCAGAACCGAUAAAAGGAGAAACAUUAAUAUCAAGAAAGCAGCUACUCCUAUUGUAUAAAUCAGACGAAACUAAAAAAAAUCGAAAUCAUAGAAAAUUUGCCGGUAACAAAGUGGCCCAAAUCUGUAUCUGUAAAUAUACUGCAAUAGAAAACAUCGAUGUCAAAAUCCUUGAUAUAACACUUGCAUACUAUAUAAUAAAUAAAUGUGGAAAACAGGAAUUAGGAGUAGAUAACUGGACGUCGCAGAUAAGAGAAGAGCGAAACAAAAUAUUCCAUAUAUCAGAUACACAAAAAAUGACAGAUGACAUAUUUAAAAGGAAAUGGGAAAAAAUAAAUGGAUCCAUCAUGGGAAUAGCUAAUCUCAUAAACCGUACAUUUGCUGAGGAAACUGAGAAACAAAUUCUUCAAACUAAAAAGCUUACAGUUAUUCCUGCUUAUAUGGAUAAAUAUGAAAAAAUGUGUCGUGACUACUGGAAGAACAAAUGUGCUGAGUUUGAGAGAGCUCAAGUUGAAGAAUUCGAAAAGAAAGCAAUGGCUUUUAACUUACAAUUUUCUGAAGAUUGCAGAGAAUCCAUGGGAAGUGAUUGCCAAAAACACACGAAGCAAAUACAAAAUCUUAAAACUAGGAUUGACAAUAUAGAUAUACUGAUCAAAGUUUUUGGAGAGGAUGAGUAUAUGAAAACGUCGAACAAUACAGGAUCAGUGGUAGAAGACUGCCAGAGAGUUCAUGUACCUGUUUUCUUACAACUUGACGUACCGGCUUUAUGGAACAGAACAAACAUUUUAGAAUAUCUCGACGAAUUGAGGUUGAACAGAAAGUCAGAUAUGAAUAUAAAAAUUAUGGCAAUUUCACCUGAUGACCUAAACAUUUAUUCAAAGAUCGCAAAGACAGUUCUUAGACAAAUUGAUUUACUGCAAGACGAAGUCCAAAUGAUCAUGUCUGGAAUGCUUUCAAGAGCGUCUAUUGACACAAAACAAAGUGCUGAAGUUGUUGUUAGUUUAACAGUACCAGAUACUACAGAAAAAAAUAGUGCGAUGAAGAGUAAGGAUGCAGACGAAACGUCUGACAAUCCUUUAUCUAUUGUUGAUGACCAGACGAGAUCAAACACUGAACUCGAUGAAGUGUUACCUACAUCUCCAGUAAAAGAGAUAGUUAAGAAAUGGAACAAACGAGAAAACAUAAGUGGCGGUCAGUCGAGUAUUUCACGACGUGCACCUGACGAAGUGAAUAGUGCGAUGAAGAGCGAGGAAGUAGAAAAAACGGUACACAAUCCUUUAUCUAUUCAUGAUGACCAGAUCAGACCAAAAACUAAAUUCGAUGUUUUAGGAGAAAACAGUGAGAUUGAUAGUGAAGAUGAAGCAGAAAAGCCAGAGAGUCGUUCAGCUAUUCAUGAUAGCAAAACAAGAACCAAAACUGAAUUUGUUGAAAGUUACAGUUCGAUGAAUAGUAAAACUGAAGAAGAGCAAACACAUCUUUCAUCCUUAACUGAUGACCAGAUGACGAACAAUACUGAAUUUGAUGUAAAUUAUAGUUCGAAGAAUAGGAAAAGUGAGGAAUACCAAACUUAUAGUUCAACUUUUGCUGAUAGCAAGAUACGGACAGAUACUGAAUUUAAUGAAAAACAUAGUUCAAAGAGUAAUGAAGAGGAAAAAGAGCAAACACAUCUUACAGAAAAAGCUAACGACAGGAAGACAUCAAAUACUGGGAUUCAUGAAAAUUAUUGUUCGAAGAGUAUUGAAAGUGAAAGAGAGCAAACAUAUCUCUCAGCAAUAGGUGAUGACCAGAUGAUGCCUUUUACUGAAUUUAAAGAACCGUAUAGUUUGAUGCGUAAUAAAAUAGCUGAUGACCAUGUGACAAAUACUGAAUUCGAUGCUCCGCUGACAUUGUCGCAAGGCCUAGUAUUAGAUGGCGAGCCUCUUCAAAUUACAGCUACUUUCCUUCGUACAAUAGAAAUUUACGGAAAUUUUAUUAGAAGGCGUAUGAGGACAAGUGGAGGCUUUAUAAUCUUUCAUUGUGCUAUCAUAGGUAAACUGAUUGUUUUUCUUGAAGAACACAGAGAAAAGUUAAUCGUCCACAACAAAGAAGGAAAGUACAAAAAAGAACUCAAACUCCCUAAAAAUUCAUGGGGUAUAUCAGUAAUAAACGACACCGAAUUUGCUAUUGCUGUCAAUAUCCCACAAUAUAGAGAUAAUAUAGAGAUAAUCAAUAUCAAAACAGGUCAAGUUAAGAAUAGAUUUGAAAUCAGUGGGGACACCACUGGAAUGUCAUAUCAAGACGGAUUAUUGUUCGUUGUUAUUGAAAAGAAGAAGGUUGAUGUAAUUAAUCUUGCAGGCGAACUAAUCCGAUCAUUUCCUUGUCCAUCAGAGUACGUAUGGUGCAUUGCAACUGUUAAAGACAGACUAUUUCUUACUAAUCCCUCUAAAAAUGAACUAUACUGCUGUGACUUGUAUGGACAAUUCAUAUGGACGUUUACAAAUGAUCAAAUGCAAUUGCCGAGAGGAAUUACAACUGAUGGUAACGGUAAUGUGUAUGUGACUUGUCAACUUUCAAGCAAUGUUAUAGUUGUAUUACCUGAUGGUAUUCAUCAUAUAGAACUACUUUCGUGGAAAAAUGAAAAUAUGUUUGGGUACGCUAAAGGCAUUUAUUACGACAAAUUAAACGACUGCCUGUUAGUUAGUAAUGGGGUAAAUAAUAAUGCAUUUCUUUAUGAUAUAAAACAUUCUAUGAAAGGACAAUAACAUUUGUUAAGUCUGCACUGUUUACAAUAUAGAAUAGUAAUGCAUUUAUUCAUGAUAUAAAACAUUCUAACAAAGGACAAUUAAGUUUGUAAAGUCUGCUUGUUACAAUAUAGAAAAGUAA